AAGGAGGGGGAGAGAGAGAGAGAGGAUAGAGAGAGGCAACGUCAUCGAAAGAGACCAGUCUGAGAGUUGAGUGAGUGAGUGUGAAAAGAGAAGAAGGAGCGAAAAACUGAAAGGAAAGAACAGCCUGGAGGGCUGAGAAAGGAAGGGAAGAGGACUUGCCCCGACCAUUCCCUUUUUCAACACUUUUGUGGAGGAGGAGGAGGUAGGGGCUGUGCCGAGAGGGACAGCUCAGAGGCAGGGGUAGCAGAGCUGCACACGCCGUGGAGCGGGGAGAGGAAAAAGACAAAUUGCUCCAAAGGAAAUCAUGCGAAUGUAUGCUGCUUCCUUGCCCAGUGUCAGAUUUCACAAAAUGAGAGGCCACUGCAAGAUCACUUCUACAGGGCUCGACCAGCUGAGGAAGGAUGCCAGCUGCUAGCACCAUGACAGCAGCAUUGCUGCUCUGCACCAACACUGACAACUGCAUCUACCAAUCAGUCAACGGGCUCCAGUGUUGUGGAUUGAAGUUAGGGGAGGCUCCUACCUUGUCUGCCCGCCGGCCGGACGCGCCCCGGGAGUCCUGUCCCCGGGAAUCUGCCCCCAAGCGCCCCCUCUCCCCCCUUCCCGGCCUGGCCGACGGCCUGGCUCCUUCCCCAGGCACCAUGCUGGCCCACAAGAGAGCAACCACCGCCGACCCGCGCUCCCCCGCCACGGAGAACGGCCUAGGGGGCUCCGCCAAGCUCACCAGGACCCCCGCAGCCCUGAAGACCUCCGCCAGCAUCCGGGACAAGAUCUCCCAGUGGGAGGGCAAGAAGCAGGACCCUCCUGCCCUGGCCACGGAGCCGUCCCCCAUGACCCCGGGACAGAGGGACGCGGAGACGGCGAGGAGGAAGGAGAAGACCUCGGAGGUCCAGAGGACGGACAGUAAGAGGUUCGCGGGCUGGGAGAGGCAGGAUUCUGGGAAGGAGAACUCAGGAAAGCUGGGGGAUUUGAGGCCUAAGUCCCCAGAAGGCCCCUCCAGGGAGAGAGAGUUGAUCCUGGAGAGAGGUCCUAGUGGAAAACUCACAGAGACCCCUCAGGAUAAGAAGUCAGUUCUGACUCACAUUAAGAAACUGGAGCAGGCGAUGAAGGAGGGUCCUUCCAAGCCUUCCCUGGUGUUGCCUGGCAACUACUUCAGCCCUCCGUCGAAGGAGGAGCAGGAGGAGGCUGAGAGGAGGGCCAACGAGCCCAUCUUCGGGACUCUGGACGUGGUCCGGCCCGCGGGCACUCGGAGGAGGCGCCGGGAGGGCGAGGACCCUGAGAACGUGUACACUGAACCGGGCGUUCCCUCAAUCAACCCUCUACCAAAGCCCCAGCGCACCUUCCAGCACCACACCCCGCCCGGCGGCCCUGCCCACGCCUCGGGCCCGGGCCUGGGGAAGGGACGGAGGAACCUGCCCCCUCUGCCCUCCAUCCCCCCGCCCCCUCUGCCCACCUGCCCACCUCCAGGGGGGUGCAGGAGGCCCUGGGCGGACAGGAACAGAGACAGCAACAACAGGAAGUCGUACGAGUUUGAAGACCUGCUGCGAUCGUCGUCGGAGGGCUGCAGGGUGGACUGGUACCAGUCGCGUCUGGGCCUCGCACGCACGCUCUCAGAGGAGAACGUCUAUGAAGACAUCCUAGACCCUCCGUCGAAGGAGAACCCGUAUGAAGAUAUAGAGUUCGAGAGAAGUUGCCUUGGAAACAAGUGCGUUUCGCCCCUCCCCCCUUCGCCCCCGGCUCCAGACACCCCAACAAAGCUCUCCUGUAAACCAGGCUUCUUCAGGCAGAACUCAGAGCGUCGCAGCUUCAAGCUUCUGGAGCUGCGCAAGACCAACCGCGACGUGGGCGUGUCCUCGCCGUCCCGGACCAGCCCCCCCUCCACGCCCAGCAGCCCCGACGACACGCCCUGCCUCUCAGGAGACCCCUGCAACCGCCGCCGCCGCAAAAUCCCCAAGAUGGUGCUGAAGAUCAACGGUGUGUUCGAGGCCAGGAGAGGGAAGAAGAGGAUGAAGAGGGUGUCCCAGUCCACCGAGGCCAGCUCGGGGAGGGUGACGGACGACAACAGCGAGUCUGAGAGCGACACCGAGGAGAAACUGAAAGCCCACAGCCAGCGCCUGGUGUCGGUCCAGUCCAUGUUGAGGCAGACGAGUCGGUUCCGGACGCUGGAUCGAGACCUGCUGGAUGUUCAGGAGAGGAAGCUGUUUGAGUACUUCCUAGUGGUGGCUCUCCACAAGCCCAAGGCUGGGGCCCCCUACCUGCCGGAGGUCACACAACAGUUCCCCUUGAAGCUGGAGAGGAGCUUUAAGUUCAUGCGCGAGGCCGAGGACCAGCUAAAGGUCAUCCCUCAGUUCUGCUUCCCCGACGCCAAAGACUGGGCUCCAGUCGACAGCUUCCCCAGCGAGACGUUCUCCUUUGUCCUGACCGGGGAGGAUGGAAGCAGGAGAUUCGGCUACUGUCGGCGUCUGCUGCCCAGUGGGAAGGGCCGGAGGCUGCCGGAGGUGUACUGCAUCAUCAGCCGGCUGGGCUGCUUCGAGCUCUUCUCAAAGAUCCUGGACGAGGUGGAGAAGAGGCGGGCCAUCUCCCCAGCCCUGGUCCAGCCCUUCAUGAGAGGCAUCAUGGAGGCUCCCUUCCCUGCUCCUGGCAGGACCAUCACUGUGAAGAACUUCCUGCCAGGCUCUGGGACUGAGGUGAUCCAGCUGUGCCGUCCCUCUGACUCUCGCCUGGAGCACGUGGACUUCGAGUGUCUCUUCUCCUCCCUCAGCCUGCGUCUGCUCCUGCAGGUGUUUGCCUCUCUGCUGCUGGAGCGCAGGGUCAUCUUCACCGCCGACAAGCUCAGUACCCUGUCUCAGUGUUGCCAUGCAGUGGUGGCUCUGCUCUACCCCUUCACCUGGCAGCACACCUACAUCCCCGUGCUCCCCCUCUCCAUGCUGGACAUCGUGUGCACCCCCACCCCCUUCAUUGUGGGGCUGCUGUCCAGCUCCCUGCCCCGGCUCAAAGACCUGCCUAUUGAAGAGGUCCUGGUGGUCGACCUCGGCAACAGCCGCUUCCUGCGACAGUUGGAUGACGAGGACUCGAUCCUGCCCCACAAGCUGCAAGCAGCCCUGGAGCAUGUCCUGGAUAAGAGGAAGGAGCUGGCCAGUGAGAAAGGAGACUUACCCAACGACUCCUGCUGUCUGAGCACCGUGGUGUCGGAGGCCUUCGUCCGCUUCUUCGUGGAGAUGGUGGGCCACUACCCCCUGUUCCUGGGCGGGGGGGAGCGAGACGAGGACUCCUCCCCCUCCUCCCCCUCCUCGCCUGCGCCCUUGUCCUCCUUCCAGCGAGAGCCCUUCCGUAAAGCCGUCACCUCCAAAAGCCUGCGCCGGUUCCUGGAGGUCUUCAUGGAGACGCAGAUGUUCAUCGGCUUCAUCCAGGAGAGGGAGCAGCGUAAGCAGGGACUCAGAGGUCUGUUCGAGGUGCGCGCUCAAGACUACCUGGACUCCUUACCUGGGAGUGAGCAACGAGGAGUCAACAAGUUCCUCAAGGGUCUAGGAAAUAAAAUGAAAUUCCUAUCCAAGAAAUAAAGCCCCGGGAUCAAAAUAAGACUGAGCGUGUGGAGAAAGACAUUGAAGAGAGAAAGACAGGCUCUUUGGAUGGAAUCACAAACCCACUGCGUGAGCAUAGAGAGAUGUACCUGUGUUCAGGAACACGGAAAGAUGUCCCUGUGUUCAGGAACACGGAGAGAUGUAUCCAUAUUCAGGAACCCGGAGAGAUGUACCCGUGUUCAGGAGCUUCUGUCAAAGACGGAGCCCUUAAAGUGACAAACAGAAGUUGCUCAGUAGAUGAAUGACAUUGGGGGAUUCUGUGGAGUGGCAGAACAUGGACCAAAAAUUAUGUUUUAUUGUCGUCAAGACUCAACCAGCUCCUGCAUGGACUCUGAGCUUCAACUGAAAAAGUCGAGUCCUUCCUGUGUCUUUCCAUAACCUCGACCAUAUGAAGAGCUUGCUUUUGUAAAGCUUAGUCAAUACAGAUACUAUUAUCUAAGUGUACAUUCAUGUAUAGCAUAGUUCCUGCUUUAGGAUGUAGUGUAGACUUCUUCUGUAUCUCUCUGUCACUCACAAAUGACCUGUGAAAGUGAAAGGAGUUAGUGAGGACUUUAUUGAAGAUGUCCUUUUGGACUAUGGUCAAUUCCACUUGUAAAGUAUGUUAUACAUUCCAGGUAUUUCUAUAGUCUUAUUUUGUAAAACUUCUUUGUAAAGAGGAGGCUUUGACGUUAAUUUAUAUACUUGUUAGACAAACAACUCCUCCUUUUGUUUCUUUAGAUGAAAGCAAAAAAAAAAAGAAAAGAAAAAUGUAUUGUAGUUUGUUAUGGGCUUUAUUUAUGGAAGUCUAGUUCAAACUAGAAUUGUAGACCACUUUGGGGUUAAUAAGGAUAUGUACCACUGAUGUGUGUCUUGUACCACUGUGAUAGAGAAUUUGAUAUUUGAUUGGAAGAGGAAGGAACACUCAUCAUUUUCAGAUGAGAACGAUUUAAAUGAGGAUAUGAUGUAUUGGUUUAAGGAUAACAUGGAUGUUUAUGUAAGGAAAAUCAAUGUAAUCUAAGCUUUGAAAACACCACUUGCCUAAACUUGAUUUAAAUUGCAAUGAAACUGUAUAAAAUAAAGUGAUUUUUGAUGAAGGA